AUGUGCUCGUCGUUUCCGCCCGAACUGCGUUUCCUGCCGCACCAGCGCAAAAUGGCGAAACACCUUCGCUUCGUUGCCCGGACAGUGAUGGUUCAGGAUGGAAACGUUGACGCUGCAUAUAAAGCUCUUAAUAGGGUUUUGUCUGUGGACGGAAUCAUCGAAACCGUAAAGCGCAGACGUUACUACGAGAAGCCGUGCCGACAGAGGCAGAGGGAGAACUACGAGAACUGCAAGAGGAUCUACAACAUGGAGAUGGCACGCAAGCUCUCGUUCGUCUCCAGAACAAACCGACAGGACCCCUGGCUGGGCUGUUGAUCAGCACCAACUCGAGACGGACAUCUCUCCUAUGUGUAUAAAGGACUGCACACACUUUUAAGUAGCAGAUAGAGGUGUUUCUGUUUGCCGUGUGGACUUCACUUUGCAUAUCAGUCUGAAAUGAAUCAUACCAGACUCCACUGUAUUAUUAAACAUAUGAAAAUCG